AUGGAGAUGAGGCCUAAUGCCAAUCUUAAUCUACCUCAAAUUGUUUUGGUUGCGCAAAAUGGCAAUCUUCGUCCUCCUCUACCAGAAACCUUAAUUCCUGAACUAAAAGUAAUGCUUGAAAACCUUUUUGAAGAGACAUCUAAGAAGCGACCGACACUUUGUAAAAAACAACUUGUUAUUGACAGUGACAGAAUUGAAACUGUGGAUUUUACUGCACCCCACAGCACAUUGCAGCGUAACCCUUCGUUUCGACAGAUCAGUGGAGAACAGUGGAGUGAAUUACGUGCUCAGUGGAAAUCGUUUGCGAGCAGAAAUAUGAGUAAGCUAACGAUGAACAAAGCGGCGGCAGUAGCACAUUUUGUAGCAGCGUUUCAAAUAUGCACAGUUUCAGGAGUGGACGUUAAGGUUACAACUUCUAUUCAAAGUCUUCAAUGUGGCAGUUUCUUAUAA